GCCGCACCAGCUGAGUAAAAUGUAGACUGCAGCUGCCGCUGUUGCUUCCUCAAGACUCAAAAUCGUUCUCCGUAUCUGCUGGUGCUCACAGAACAGUCAUGCAGGCUCAGGAGGUCCUGAGACAGCUGCGGUUUCCCGAGCUGGAGGAUGUUCGGCAGUACAUGCGCAGCUUGCCCACCAAUGCCCUCGUGGGGAUGGGUGCCUUCGCCGCCAUCAGCACCUACUGGUUCGCCACCCGGCCGAAAGCCCUCGCACCACCCUGUGACCUCGGCCUGCAGUCAGUGGAAAUGCCAGGUGGAGAACGUGCAAGAAGGUCAGUGCUGAACGACAGUGAUGAGCUCCUGACUCACUACUACAGCGACGCACUCACAAUGUACGAGGUGUUCCAACGAGGGCUCCGAGUAUCAAACGACGGACCAUGUCUCGGAUCAAGGAAACCAAACCAGCCGUACGAGUGGCAGUCUUAUAGUGAGGUGGUAGACAGAGCGGAGAACAUCGGCUCUGCUCUCAUUCACAAAGGACACUCUCAUACAGGAGACAAGUUUAUUGGCAUCUUUUCCCAGAACAGGCCAGAGUGGUCCAUUUCAGAGCUGGCCUGUUACACAUACUCCAUGGUGGGUGUUCCAUUGUAUGACACACUUGGCACCGAAGCCAUCGGCUACAUUAUCCACAGAGCUGCUAUCUCAACUGUGAUCUGCGAUGUACCCGAAAAGGCUAAGAUGAUUUUGGACUGUGUCGAUGGGAAAGGGCGAACGGUGAAAACCAUUGUGCUCAUGGAGCCGUUUGACAGCGAGUUGGUGACGCGUGGACAAGAGUGGGGCAUUGAUAUUCUGAGUUUGAAAGACUUUGAGGCCUUGGGUCAAGCCAACCACCAGAAACCAGUGCCCCCUAAACCAGAGGACCUCGCACUUAUCUGCUUUACAUCCGGUACCACAGGAAACCCAAAAGGUGCUAUGCUUACUCAUGGAAAUGUCAUCGCCAACACUGCAGCUUUCAUGAAAAUGACAGAGGUACACUGCAUGCUGGGCAUCCAUGACAUUCAUGCAUCCUACCUCCCUCUAGCUCACAUGUUUGAGAGAGUUGUACAGGGUGUCAUCCUCAUCCAUGGGGCUCGAAUCGGCUUUUUCCAAGGCGACAUUCGACUUUUGAUGGAUGAUUUGAAAGUGCUGCAGCCAACCGUUUUCCCCGUGGUCCCACGUCUCCUCAACCGCAUGUUUGAUAAGGUAUUUAGUCAAGCCAACACGCCGCUGAAGAGAUGGCUGCUCGAUUUUGCUUUCAGUAGGAAGAAGGCAGAGCUUAACAGGGGUGUGGUCAGACGGGACAGCAUAUGGGACACACUCAUCUUCAAAAAAGUGCAGGCGAGCCUGGGCGGUCAGGUCAGGCUCAUCAUCACAGGGGCAGCGCCGGUGUCUCCAACCAUCCUGACGUUUCUACGAGCUGCACUGGGCUGCCAGUUUUAUGAAGGCUACGGCCAGACUGAAUGUACAGCUGGGUGCUCCAUGUCGAUGCCCGGGGACUGGUCAGCAGGUCACGUCGGGCCUCCUCUGUCCUGCAAUGCCAUCAAACUGUUGGAUGUGGCAGAAAUGAACUACCUGGCAGCCAAUGGAGAAGGAGAGGUGUGUGUCAAAGGACCAAAUGUAUUCCAGGGAUACCUGAAAGAUCCCGAGAGAACUGCAGAGGCAAUCGACAAGGACGGGUGGCUGCACACAGGAGACAUCGGGAAAUGGCUUCCUAGUGGCACUCUGAAGCUCAUUGACAGAAAGAAGCACAUUUUCAAGCUGGCACAAGGAGAAUACAUUGCCCCAGAGAAAAUAGAAACUGUGUAUAGUCUCAGUGAUCCAGUGGCCCAGGUGUUUGUUCACGGAGAAAGCUUAAAGGCGUGUCUGGUGGGGAUAAUCGUGCCGGAUCCAGACUUUUUGCUUAUUUGGAUCAAGAAAAAAGGGAUUGAAGGCUCUUACUCUGAACUGUGCCAAAACGAGGAUGUGAAGAAUGCCAUUCUGGAGGACAUGCUGAGGUUGGGCAAAGAUGCAGGACUCAAGUCUUUUGAGCAGGUGCGAGAUAUUGCGUUACAUCCCGAGAUGUUCUCGAUCCAGAACGGCCUGCUGACACCCACCCUGAAGGCCAAGAGGACUGAGCUUCGGAGCCACUUUAAAGAGAAAAUUGAUGAACUCUAUGCCAAAAUUAAGAUGUAAACUGGGAUCAA